AAGCACUUUAUACCAAUCGAAAUCUAAAAUGGAUGUCACCGAGAUUUUACAAGCACAUGAAGCUCAAUACAAACCAAUCACUGUUGAAAAACCUGUACCUCUUGACUUUGACGUCAACUUGUUGACUGGUUUUGAUAGCAAUGCUUUAGACGAAAAGAUCUUAAAAAGCAAAAACAAUAAGGAAAAAUAUUUACUCGACUUGACCAGAGAUAAUACACAACUUAUUGUAAAUGAGUUAUUCAAAUUACCUGUUACCAGCGCCGAUACAGGUGUUCUUGCUGAAUUACCACCGCGCACUUUCACCUUGCCUCGUGAGAAACCUUUACCUAAAGAUAAACCUCUUUCCAAAUGGGAGAAGUUUGCUAAGACAAAGGGCAUUCAGAAAAGAAAGAAGGACAGAAUGGUUUACGAUGAAGCAACAGGCAAAUAUGUACCUCGUUGGGGCUACAAGCCAAAGGAGAAGGGAGAAUUGGAUCAAGAUUGGCUCAUUCCUGUGCCGGAUCAUGUUGAUCCUUUAGAAGAUCAAUAUGAAAAGAAGAGAGAAGAAAAGAAAGCUCGAGUGGAUAAGAAUAAAAAGCAACAAAUGCGAAAUAAUCGAUAGAUUAAGUCAAAUGUAAAUAGUAAUAAUAAAGCAGCAUCAUUGUAAAUACUGAACAGAUUUUGUUAGCCAGUUGCGCUGUUUUCUUGUUAAUGUAUGCGUUUACAUUUCUAAAGAACAACCCAGACAUUGCACAGUAAAAGAGGCAAUAAGAGUGGA